AUGGGAUUUAAUAAUGUCAUCGUGGAUGGUAAUACCUUUGAGUUGACAGGUUCGGCAGGGCACGGUAGAUUUGGUACCGCGUUCGUGUAUCGGCAUGAGUCUGGGCGGAAGCUCAUCUGCAAGUUGAUCUCCCCAACCUCUGGGACCGAAGAUAUCACGCACUUGAUAAAACGGGAGAUUUCAAUUCUCCAGACGCUUACACACCCAAAUAUCGUUCGAUAUAUUUCCUCUGACUCUGAGCCACCAGAUGGACAGGCACGCAUCUUCAUGGAGUAUUGUGAGGGUGGUGAUUUGUCGAGAGUGGAUAAAGCUCUCUUUACUCCCGAGUUUAUUUGGAGAGUAUUUUUCCAGCUAGCCCUCAGCCUUGCCUACUGCCAUCACGGCUUGAAUGUCACCCGGCUCCCCAAUGGCGUCCACAAGUUCGAGGUGGAGCCCCGUUGGACGCCGAUUCUUCAUAGGGAUAUCAAACCCAGCAAUGUCCUCCUCUGGAGUUCGGAUUCUGAUAUUGUUAAGCUGUGCGACUUUGGCAUUGGAAAGGUGAUCAGAUCGGAAAUGUCGGGUACCUACACUGGCACUUCCGCUUUUAGACCACCGGAAAUCACGCGCGAGAAACCGCAUUGGACUACAAAAUCCGAUAUAUACUCUCUUGGUUGUACCAUCCUAUAUCUGAUAUCUCGAACACUCCCACCCAGCAAUCAGCGACAACGCCUCACCGGGAACGCCUUGCUCGAGGCUAUUAGGAAUAAGGCCCCCGGUUUCGAUGAUAUAUUCCCAAUCAUUGAGAAAUGCCUCGAUAUCACCCCCGGCAGGGAUGGCCGGGAGCGGCCCAGUAGCCUCACCUUGCUAGAGAUGACCGGGCACCGUGCUGCGCAAUCAGCACCAACAAACAGCCUAUGCAGCAUCCAGCGAUGGGAAACCUGCUUCGAAGACCUCAUCGAGUAUGUCGGAAAAUACAACGGUAGAACACUAGGCGCGGGGCACGAAGACGAGCUAGUUUUAAGACUAUGUUUCCUCAUCAGAGAUGGUGGAGAUAGGAGGCUCGCAACCAUGCGGGAACGGCUCUCGCACAUAGAAGAGGGGUCGGUGAUGGCGAGGCGACUCCGGAGGGCCAUCGCGGUCCUCGAUGCAGAAAGGAAAUUCGACGAUAUUGUCCGGAUCGCCGAGAGGUUAUCGUUAUCACCCGAUAUGCCUUCAGCGCAGAGAGAUGGGUUGGUCCAUCAAUUGCUGCAACUCAUGAAGAAUGGGGGAGAUAGAGUGACAAAGGGAGAAACGCAAGAGACUCCUCUACAUAGAAGCGUACGAAGAGGUGAAGCGAGCCAAAUCUCGAUAUUGCUACGUGCUGGGGCGAACAUCAAUGCCCUUAUGUCAAGGGGAAGAACGGCACUACAAAUUGCUGCUGAUUUGGGGUUUCAGCAAGUGGCAUCAAUCCUCUUGGUGAAUGGAGCGGAAAUUAAUGGCCAAGAUGGAAAAGGUUAUACAGCACUACAUCUCGCAGCUCAAAACGGGCAUGACAUGGUAAUACGCACCCUACUGAACCAAGGGGCGGAUAUCAACGGAAGAAAUGGGGAGGGGGACACGGCGCUGCACCUUGCAGCGCAGAGAGGACAUCUGGCAGUGAUUGGGGCUUUGUUGGAGAAAGGGGCUGGAGUCAAUGAAAAAGAUGCAAAAGGACAUACAGCUCUGCAUUUCGCGGCAGAGAAUGGGCAUCUAGAUGCCGCGCGGUUGUUACUGAAGAGCGGGGCAAAGGCCAAUGCGGAGAAUUCCGCUGGGAAUACCGCACGAGAUAUGGCAGUCCAGCGAGGGUAUUCGAGGGUGGUAGCACUUCUAGACCACUAG